UCCCUUCCUCCCACCCUCGCUCUCCUGCACGGAGCUGCGGUAUAAGAGAGGGUCUCCUGGGUCUAGUUUCACUGCAGUGUAGAGGAGGGCAGGACGGCUGUUUUAGUACGAUGCGCUGAAGGAUGGUGCACCAAGAGAAACGCAUUUACCAGGCCCAGAGGAAUGAGAGAGAGUCCAUCAGGCAGAAACUUGCCCUUGGCAGUUUCUAUGACGAUGAGCCAGUCAUCUACACCAGCUGCAGCAAGAACGGCCCUUCGUCUCGGCUGCAGAGUGGGGUGAACCUGCAGGUGUGUUUUGUUAAUGACAGCAGCAGCGACAAGGACAGCGAUGCUGAAGACAGCAGGACAGAGACCAGCCUAGACACACCGCUGUCACCUGUGAGUAAGCAGAGCUCAUCUCUGUCGGACCGGGAUACUGGAGAGGAGGAUUCAGAUCCUUUAGAUGACUGCGGUGGGUUUUGGCGAGUGCAGCGAAGGCUGCAAGAGGAGGCCCGGGUGGCGUUGGCUCUGGCUCGACCCAUGGCCCGCAUGCAGGUGGAGGUAGAGAGGCAAAUUCAGCUUCACAGACGUUCACCUGUGGCUGACUUGCUUCCCCAUUUGCCCCACAUCAGUGAGGGUUUAAUGAAGAGGAAUCUGAGGCAAGGGGACAUGAGAGACAUGAGUCUUGGACAGCUGCAAGUCAUCACGAAUGAUUUGCAUUCACAGAUUCAGAGUCUAAAUGAGGAGCUGGUACAGCUGCUGCUGAUGAGGGAUGAGCUGCAUGUGGAGCAGGACGCUAUGCUAGUGGACAUAGAGGACCUCACCAGGUGAACCACAGUUUUUCUCCACCUCAGCUUCUUAGCUGUCAAAGGCAUGCACAUAGCCAUCAGCGGCACCAGCCAGAGAAAGGCAUCUCUAAAUAAACACCUUGUCUACACAUGUGUCUGUAUGCACGCCGUCCGAUUUCCCACUCUACGGACUGCUACCAGUGUUGCUAAUGAAACUUCAUCUGUGCUCACUGUAUCUGGAGAGUUGAAUGCAGCAUAUAGAGUAGUAUUAAGACACAUGUGAUACGUUGCGCCACAUCUUAGAACCUCAAAACACAACAUCUACAUGUGUAAGAUCACCAAUUUCAGUAUUGACAGAUGAGUUUGUGCAGGCGUUCCACUUCCACUCAGCAUGAUUGUCCCCGUCAUAUUUCAUAAAAUUAGGGGAGUCGAGUUGAUUCCGUCCCUGAUCUUUAUUUAGCACUCAAUGAUUUUGGCACGGCUGGGUUGGAGAGAGCACCACCAUACCUUGUGUCUCUUUUUUUUUUAUGAAAAAGGAUGAUGAGUUGAGAUCUUGAGGUCUUUUGUUUGGCUCUAAUAAUCAACAGG